AUGCCUUCACGAGCUGAAGUCGUCACUAUGGAAUGUCGUGAAACCAAGCAUGUAGUUACCAAAUGGAGUAGAGUCACAAGUCAAGCACACGAAGCUUUGUUUACCAGCACAGUAAAUUGGGCGAGAGCCCUAUAUUUGUCGCUACAGGAAAGCAGUCUUAUGAACUGUCCGUCUGCGUGCCAAGCAAAGAUUUAUAUUUAUCACACCAGACAUGGGAAUCGUGAAACCCCCCUGUCAAGUAAACAACCGACGCUCACCAAUCCACCAAAGUCUAUUAGAUCCACCGCUGCCAAUGCCAUCGCCGAGCCGAUGUUUCCCACCCAGUUCAACUCCUGUCGUUCCUUACAAGAUGUCGAUGUCACCGAAGGUGAUUGGCACGUUGAUGUUCAGGCCGGAGGUGGUGGUGCAGGUCUGGUCACCGCUGCCGUUGUUGAUACAGCAAACUUGUUGGCCGCAGGCAGGUGCGAGCAGGCCGGGAAGGAGACAGGAGAGAGAGAUGAGAGCGUCACCGGUACAGCAGGUGAGCUCACCGGUGGAGCAGGUGUUGUUGUUGUCGCUGCCGUCGUGGUCGCCCUCGGAGGGGUACUCGGGCUCAUCGUGCUCGGGCUCGUCGUGCUCCGGCUCCUCGGGGUCAAGAGGAAGGUUGGAGGUGGGGUCCUCAGGGUCGACUGGAAGACCCGGGGUACCGGGGAGGUUUGGGAGACCCGGGGUGCCUGGGAGGUUGGGGAGACCGCCCUCGGGGAGAGACGGGACACCGACGCCAGAGCCGCAGGUAGGGUCAACUGGGAGCUCGUGGGGCAGAGCCUGGGCGCCGAUGAGGCAGAGGAGGACGGUUGGCACGAAGAAACGCAUUUUGGUGAUUGGGUUUGAGGUGGUGGGUUGGUUGAUUAGGUAUUAAUUGAAAUGUAAAGAGUGUAUUAAGUCAGUAAAGAGUACUGUUAACGAGUGGAAGCAGUCGAUAGACGCGGUGUAGAAGUAGAUGCUGGAUGCUGAAAAAAGAUACUCGAGGGUGCGAGAUGAGGCUCCUUUAUAGGAAUUUGAGUGUUGCUCUAGACAAGCGGCACAGGGGCGAACCAUGGUGGACUAUUGAUCUGCUCAUCGUUAAUGCUAGUUGCCGUUACUGUGAAAUGAUUAUCAUUUUGCUUAUUAUUGAUCAGCAUCCUAGAGUCCCACCCUACUGGGAGCUUGUCGUUAAUCAUCAGGCAUCCAGACAUUAUACCCAUGCCUUAAUGAGGAAAGUUUAUCAGUAGUCUGCUCGCAAUGUAUGGGCAGACCAUCACAGUAUACUUUCAAAAUGCAGUAAGAUAUGGAGCUAACCUGGCAGAAGCCGCAUCAUGAAGUUAUUCGUGGAGUGCACAGAUACAAU